AAUAAUACACAGUUUUUGGUGGUAACUGCAAAACAAGUUCUUGAGAAGCUUAAGAGUCAAAUUGCAAUAAACUCUGAAAAAGAUAAAUUAGACCAUGACAAAGGAAAGAAUGCUAUGUUUGAACUUGGUAAAAAGGUCCAUGAAGUUCAAGCAAAGGUUGAAAAUUUAAUCAUUGUAAAAGAGACAAUGAAUUUUUUUGCAUAUCUUGUACCAAAUAUUCUUAUAGAGUAUAGA